UGGAACCUCCAAAACUUCCAUUGGAAAAAUCAGCUGAUGCCGAUAGAAAUCCAAUGUAAACAAAUAAAUGUGAAUAUUUUUAGAAAUCUUUUCCCGUUCGCGAAAUCGUGGGUAAUUGGUUGAUAUUUUUAUCUAAGAAGUGCGUUGAUGAUUUAAAAUUAAAUCUGUUUUCGUUUAAAUAAUUGCCAUUCUUUUUAUCGCCUCGCGCACGGAGGUGUUGCGGUCGAAGAAGUCACAAGAAUCAAAUAGUUUUGGGAUUUUUCAUCUUUUAGUGUGUUUUCUGACCUAAAUCCAAAAGGUAUGAAAACCAAAGUGAAGGAAAUCAAACAAGGAACGUGCAUUUUAACAGAAAAGCCAUUUGUCCAUGUGCUGAAGGCUAAAUAUAGAAAAGAAAGAUGUGAUAAUUGUUUCGCCAGUGGGAAGGUUCUGAAAUGCUCAGGAUGUGACUACGUGUACUAUUGCAAUAGAAAUUGCCAGACAGAGGCGUGGUCUCUGCACAAAAUUGAAUGUCCCUUCCUCAAGAAGAUUUCCCCGAGAAUUGUUCCAGAUGCCGCGAGGAUUCUGGCUAGAAUCAUCCUGAAACUCCAAAAGGGUGGUGAUCUUGAGAAGGGAUACUACACAGAGACGUGUUUCAGAAAAUUCAGAGAUCUCAUGUCACACUACCACGAAAUUAGGACGGAUCCAAAGCGCGUGGAACAUCUCGAGAGUCUAUCGAUGGUGCUGCGUGACCUUCUCGGGGAUCAGUUAAUGCCCAAUUUUACUGAAUUGCAAGGAAUCUACGGCAGGCUUGUGGUCAAUGGCUUUAAUAUCCUGGACGGAGAGAUGAAUUCUAUCGGCACGGGACUGUACUUGGGAAUCUCUGUUGUUGAUCACAGCUGCACUCCAAAUGCUGUGGCCACGUUCGAGGGCACAACGCUCUUCGUUCGGGCGAUUAAAGAUCUGCCUUCACUCGAUUGGUCACAGAUCUUCAUAUCUUAUGUGGAUCUCAUGCAAACGCCAGACGAUCGUCGGGCUGAACUCAAGGCCAAUUACUACUUUCUCUGCACGUGCUCACGGUGCAUUGAUCCGGAAGAGUCAGAAAAAAUGGAAGCAGCUGCAUGUCCCAGUACAAAUUGCGAUCAACCGAUAUUUCUUCGAGAGAAUGAGGAUGGGCAGUCAUGUGGAAAAUGUGGGACAAGAGUGCCUGGGAAGUUUAUUGAGGAAUUUCAUGAAGUCACAAAUUUCACCAAAAUGCAAUUGGCCAGCAUGAAGGACGUGGCUUCAGAUUUGGAUGUGUGCAAAAUUUGCUUCUCGAAGCAGAAGAAUAUUCUGCAUCGCAUGAAUUUGUGGCAUACCAAGACACUCGACUUGGCAUUUGAGAGUUCAAUUGAGAUGGGUAAAUGGCAGGACGCACGCUCAUUUGGUCAAUUGCUGCUUCCCGGCUUCAGAAAGUACAAUGGAGAUUUUAAUCCAUUGUAUGGGCUUCUGUGCUUAAAAAUGGGCAAAAUUGAACUGUAUUUAGAACACGUGAAGGAAGCUCGAGAGUAUCUGCUCGAGGCAUCAAAGAUUCUCCGUGUUACUCAUGGAGAGAAUCACAGUCUCUACAAGACACAGUUAAUUCCUCUGUUGAUGCAAACAUCAAAUUGAAUAAAGCCAGAUUUUUUUUUGUAAAGCAA